AUGUCGAGCCGUUGGUUGAGACCUGAGGUGUAUCCCUUGUUCGCCGCGACCGGUGUUGCUGUUGGGAUCUGUGCAUUCUCGUUGAUUAGGAACAUCACCGGAAACCCUGAAGUCAGAUGUACCAAGGAGAACAGGGCUGCUGGAAUCUUGGAUAACCAUGCUGAAGGAGAGAGGUACAAGGAAAAUUUCCUCAGGAGGUAUGUUCGUGACAAGCGUCCAGAAAUCAUGCCUGGACUCAACAAGUUCUUCACUGAUCCUACUUACUGA